AUUUCCGUCCGGCAUCGAUACCCUCAUGAAAACCUACUCCAUAUCACUGUCUAUGAAUAAUUGACAAAUGUAAGGUUUAAAUACCUGAUAAGCACGCGUUAAACGCUUCCUCGCGGACGACGACGUUGAACAUGGCAAACUACAAUUCAAAUUCUAGCUAGCUUAUCUAAUACACGAAGUAUUUAUAUAAUUGUUUUAGUAAUCUGUGGCAACGUGUCCUUAGUUGAUCCCUGCAAUGUUAGAAAUGUUACGUAAUCCGGGAAUGGGGGACAUGAAGACCCCAGAUUUCGAUGACUUGUUGGCAGCUUUUGACAUUCCGGACAUUGAUGCCAAAGAGGCCAUCCAGUCUGCGCCGGAGGAUGGGGGUGAAGGUUCAGGGAAGGCUGUGUCUGGCCCUGGGGUUCCCUCACUAAGACCUUCCAACCCUACUGACUCCCCUCCCCACCACCAGAGUGAACCUCCGGUUGUCAGUGUGAUUGUUAAGAACAGGGUGAGGCCUGAUUCCUAUGAGUCUGAGGGGUCCGAUGAGGAGGAAGGGGAUGGGGACAGUCAUGGGGACAGUGGAACAGGCCCAGACCCUGAAGUGGAGACUGGGGUGGGCCUUCUUAGUUCACGACGGGCUCCUCGAAUGCCUGAUCUGAUCUCCUCAGAACCUCUCCUGCACAAUGGGUUUGAGGGGCCCACAGCAACAUUGGAGCCCAGUGUGAGAGGCAAGGGGCCGGGCCAGGCAAAUGGGGAACUGUGGUCGCCCUGCUCUCCUUCCACUGCCAGCGAAGGAGGUGUCAGUUGUGGGGUCCCUGGGGGGUCAGUCAGCACAACCAAACAUACAGCUAAUAUUCUCAACAGACUGAAGCCUCUCCUCUCCCCUCACACCUCUGCUGAUGCCGUGCUCCCUAUACCCUCCACAUCGCCUUCUCUCUCCAUCAGUCGACACCUUUCUUCUCCCUCGAGCGUAAGCGAGGAGACUCCGCGCCCUCCCGGGUCGCUCUCCUCACCCUCUGUCUCCAACGGAAGCCUGAGAGUGGGAUUGAGGCGCAUCAUGGACUCCGAUGAGGACGACUCUGAACCGGAUCUAGGAAGUCCGCUGGUGAUCCAAGAGAGCCCAGAUUCGCCCAUGUGCUCCCCUCCCAAAUUUCCCCGCAGACAACGUCAAGUGUCCUCUUCAGAGGGCUUCAACUCCCCAACUCCUUCCUCCCCUCCUCUGCUGUCUUGUCCACCUCCUCUCUCUUCCAAACCUCCUCAUUCCAUGUCUCAGACAUCAUUCAACUCUAAAUCCCCACCCCCAGAAGUACCCUCCACCCCCAGGUCUCCCUCCCCUCCACCUGCCCAAACUCGUCAGUCCUGGCUGGCGGCUGCCCUCAGUAACCCCAGACCCAUUGCCAGCCCUGUGAUGGAGGAAAGAAACCCUGAACAUGUAAUUGAGGAUAGGGACUCACCAGAGAGCCCUCCGCCUGACCAAACUGGGGUUGCCCUGUCCAGUAUGACCAAGAGAAGCUCCAGCCCCGCAGCAGCCCCGGCUUUAACCACACAGGGGGCAAGAGAGGGAGAGGAGCCAAUGGAGAGUGAGCCCAGCCUGGGUAGCCAGUCAGAGGAGCGUGUGAAGAUGGAGCUUCUGGCUGGAAAGCAGACAGACAUGGAGACUGUUCCGGCCAACACGGCGACAACAUCAGCAGCCCCCGUUCGCCCACUGAAAGUCAGAAUCAAAACGGUUAAGACCCCUACAGGCAGCAUCACCAGGACUGUGACUAGAGUAGCACCCAAAGGAACAGGAGGAAGCCCUUCAAAGGGCACCGACAGCUCCAAACCGUCCCCGGGGGGCCGUAAAGCUCUCAGCCGGCCCAAGAGGGUGGUAUCCCAGCAGCCUCCGCAGCAGAGGUCAAAAGGUGGUGACCUCCUUCCGGUGUCAACACUUCAGGACGCCAGCACAGCCAUGUUGGUGGCUGCAAGCAAAGCCCAAAACAAGAUGUCCGCCAACGGGAACAAGCCCAAGGUGUCCGCUACAGCUGUCAGCAUAACCAAAUCAGCCGCCCUCCCUUCGGUCUCCUCUGCCUCCUCCUCCCCCAGAUUCAGCCCAGGAGGGGUCAGUGUGCGCAACCUGGGCCAGAAGACCCUGAACGGCGCCGUGUCCGUAUCCCCUUCCCCACUCCUCACCCCUCAGGGGGGCAGUCGACCUGCAUCCAUAGUGAACAGUACAGGAGCCAUCAUCUCCAGGAGCCAGUCCAGUCUGGUGGAGGCCUUCAACAAGAUCCUCAAUAGCAAGAACCUGCUGCCCUGCUACAGGCCAGACCUCUCCACACCACUACCACCAGAGUGGGGCCUGCCUCUUCCAGCCCAGGGUUACCGCUGUCUGGAGUGCGGCGAUGCUUUUGCCCUGGAGCGCAGCCUGGCCCGCCACUAUGACCGACGCUCCCUGAGGAUCGAGGUGACCUGUAACCACUGUGCCAAGCGGCUGGCCUUCUUCAACAAGUGCAGCCUGCUGCUCCACGCCCGGGAACACAAGGAGAGAGGGCUGGUCAUGCAGUGUUCCCACCUGGUCAUGAGACCCGUCAACAUGGAGCAGAUGAUCGGACAGCAGGACACCACGCAAGUCGGCAUGCUCUCUCCCUCUCCUUCUACAUCCUCAGUGCCGGCUGUGACAUCAACGGUGACUCCCCUGACCCUGAGCCCCUCCCCCCAGCUGCAGCAGCCAAUCGCUAAUAAGAAGGCGCCUGAGCCGGUGCAGUACCCAAAUAACAAGUGUCCGGAGUGUAAGGUUCAGUUCCGCAGCAAGGCAGAGGUGGCUGCCCACUUCCAGGAAGUCAAACCGGCCCUUAAUGCUUCUUGUACGGAGUGCUCUCCUCCCAUGCUUCUUCCUAAUGGCUGCAGUGCCUCUGCUCACGCCCGCAUCCACAACCCCCGACCCCCCUACGUCUGCCCAGAGUGUGGCGGUGUGGCCAAGCAGCCCUCCUUUCAGUCCCACCUGGAGGAAGCCUGUCUGCACUUCACACGGCGCAUUGGAUACAGGUGUUCUAGUUGCCAGGUGGUGUUUGGGGGGUUGAACUCUGUCAAGUCCCACAUCCAGACAGCCCACUGUGAGGUGUUUCAUAAGUGUCCCACGUGCCCGAUGGCCUUCAAGUCCUCCCCCAGUGCCCAGAGCCACAUCAGCACCCAGCACCCCACACUCACUGGAGGACAGGCCAAGAUGAUCUACAAGUGUGUGAUGUGUGACACAGUCUUCACCCAGAAGCCCCUGCUGUAUGUUCACUUUGACACCCACCUGGUCAAGCAGAAGGUGCAUGUGUUUAAGUGUCCAGAGUGCACCAAGCUCUAUGCUCAGAGAAGUUCCAUGCUGGAGCACAUCAAGACUACUCACAGAGGCCCUGCUGUCAAACAGGAAGCCCCAGUUGUCAUGGCACCCUCCCCAGUUCCUCCUCCUCCUCGGGCACGGAGCUCAUUAAAGACAGAGAGCUCUGAUGGGGAGGAAUGGGGGAGGGAGCAGGAGGAAGAGGAGGAAGAAGAAGAGGAAGAGAUGGAUGGGGACAAUACAAAGACAACCCCAGGGUGGAGCUGUGCUCCCUGCCAUGCCCGCUACGCCAACAGAGAGGACUACAUUACCCAUAUGGCCGAGCAGCACGGCAAGAGCCUGAAGAAGUUCCCGUGUAGUCUGUGUGAGAGCUCCUUCUCCUCCACCUCCAGCCUCAGACGCCACAUCAGAGUCAAACACAAGGGCAUCAAACGAGUCUUCCACUGUCAGUUCUGUAUGGAGAGUAAGAAGACAUUCAGCAGUAGAGUGGUGUUGGAAAGACACAUUCAGCUGACACACGGCAGGUCUGCUCUGGACUCACAGAAGCGAAGGAGGGGUGCUGAGGCGGCAGACAGCCCCUCAGAACAGGAUAGAGGCUCCAACCAGUUCACCAUUUCAGCAGAGGAAGAUGAGGGCGGAAGAGGAAUGAAGACAGAGGAGGAGGAGGAGGAGGAGGAGGACUUUCUCUCUGCUAAGAGACCCCGCGUCACCACCUCCGCUCCCCCACCCCAACCAGAGUCUGGAUUCCGUUGUGCUCCGUGUGGCUUCACCACUGAGGACCGCGUAGUCUUCCUGGAACACAUCCCUCUGCACCGCUCCGACGCCCAGGGGGGAGGAGUCAGCCUGCAGUGCCUGCAGUGCGGAGCCUGCUUUGCCUCCGCCUCCUCGCUCUCCCGCCACCGCUUCAUCAGCCACCGGGUCCGAGACACGCACCCCGACAACCAUGCCCACAUUGACCGCUCUCUGACUACGUCGCCUGGCAACGGCGGUAAUCACGGCGAGGGUAGCCCCAGAGGAGGGGGGUCCCAGCCCGGAUCUCCCUCCUCGUCUCAACCCUCUACGCCGCUGGGGGAAGACGGCGAGGGCAGAGUUGGGUGCAAGGUGUGUGGGAAACGCUUUGACAAGGCGUCAGACUUGAACACACACUUCAGGACUCACGGCAUGGCUUUCAUCACAGCACGCAAGACGGACAGGCCAGCCUGAGAUGGAGCUAUGGAAGAAUAGUAGAAGGGAAAGGGAAGGGGGGCGCAUGAGGGUAUUCUAAGAAAUGCGAAUGUUCUGGCCGGAAAGAGAAGUAAGUUAAAGCAUUCUUAAGCGUUGUGUGUAAUAGUUUUUCUGGCACUCGAGCACAUCACAUGACUGCAGUCUACUGCGAUAAGUUGGUUUGUUUUCAUUGAAUUAGUUUUCUCCUUUUAAUUUAAGGCACAUCUAUCACAUGGCAGCCCUAGCCUUUGCGUCUGACCGACUCUAUCUAGUUUCUUGUGUGCUGUACCUGUUAUUUCGGUCGCCGAAACCUGUUGUUACUGAAUUAUGAAUGCGUUCUGUUACCAAAUACUACCACCAUUCACAAAUAUUGUUUUCAAAGUGGAGGCGUAAGUGACCCACCAGGCUUGAGUUCUGUUAGGUGUCUGUCACCCCUCAUCAACAGAGAAUGUGACUGGUGUUUAGACUAAUCAAGAUGUGGAUGUGAUCGGCGUAUUGAUUUUAGUGUUAGCUAUGGCUCCUGGCACCGAAUGAAACCGUGGUAACACUGACCACUGGCCUUUUCUGUGUAGAGAUCCAUUUCACAUUCUAUUACUUAAAUUGUGUAGUUUUGUCCGUAUGCUUUGAUUUGUGUUUAUGUAUACGCUGAUAUCGAUUUUAACUGUAAGCUCUGGCUCAGAUUUGUCCCUUGCUGUCCUUUCUCAUUCCUGGCCAUGUGAUCAUUAAGGUAAUGAGAAGUUGUGAUUGGCUCAACAGAUUUUAGGAGUGUUGCUACAGUUACAGCCUUGGGACAUCAGGAAUUGCAGAUAAAUCAGGAAACAUCCCAUCUCACGACAAUCUGCUUGUCUUGAGGGGUUGGGUUAGACCCAAUGUCUGUAAACUGAAACAUAAACUUGUACAUAUUUACACGAUAUAAAGACUAUAAAGAUGUUGUCUCUGAUUUAUUUCAGGGAAGCCAGGGAGAGAGUGAGGAGGAGUGAGUAAUACUGGAGUUUAUGUUGUAGGUGGGAGGGUUUGAUGAUGGUGAUUGUAUUCUGAAAAAAAAUAUUUUACAGCUUGUUGAGUUGCUGUAAAAAAAAAAAUGGGCUUAGUUUUUUAUCCUAAAUAUAAGUCAUCCAUUCAGCUGUGUAGACAACUGUCUUCUGCUAUUUUGAUAAACUGUGUGUCCUGUUAGCGUAGCAUCAUUCUUCACAGAGAACACUGUACUAAUGUAACCCGCCUUUUGUUCAUUCUUGCCUAGAACAUUUCUAGUUCCAUACCCAGAGAUAAAGUGAUUAUUAUAUUGAGUCUAAUUGGACUUAUUUAAAUAAAACAGCAACCCACAAUA